AUGGCAACCGACAUAGCUACAAGGGAGCUUCGUCAGCCUAUGGAUGUCGCGGAAUACCUUUUUCGUCGUCUCCAUGAGGUUGGGGUACGUUCGAUCCAUGGUGUUCCUGGGGACUAUAACCUUGUUGCUUUAGAUUACCUCCCGAAGUGUGGUCUGCAUUGGGUUGGAAACUGCAAUGAACUCAAUGCUGGUUACGCCGCCGACGGUUACGCUCGAGUUAAUGGAAUUGGUGCUUUGGUAACUACUUUCGGUGUAGGCGAGCUCUCGGCACUCAAUGCCGUUGCUGGAGCCUUUUCUGAGUUUGUGCCGAUCGUUCACAUUGUUGGCCAACCACAUACAAGGUCGCAGAAAGAUGGCAUGCUGCUGCACCACACCUUGGGCAAUGGAGAUUACAAUGUGUUUGCUGCGAUGAGUGCCGGAAUUUCAACGACUAUGGCGCGAUUGAACGAUACUCAUGAGGUGGCAACGCUUAUCGACAAUGCUAUCCGGGAAUGUUGGAUUCGAAGCCGGCCCGUCUACAUCACGCUUCCUACGGACAUGGUGACGAAGAAGAUCGAGGGAGAAAGGCUCAAUACCCCAAUUGACCUCUCCCUCCCCCCUAAUGAUCCUGAAAAAGAGGACUAUGUGGUGGAUGUUGUCCUUAAAUAUCUGCAUGCUGCGGAGAGGCCAGUAAUCUUGGUAGAUGCUUGUGCCAUUCGCCAUAGGGUGCUGGAGGAGGUUCACGACUUGAUUGAAGCCUCUGGGCUGCCUACAUUCGUGGCCCCCAUGGGCAAGGGAGCUGUAAACGAGGCUCAUAAGUCGUACGGCGGUGUUUAUGCUGGCACUGGAUCUAACCCUGCAGUCCGCGAGCAGGUUGAAUCUUCGGACCUUAUCCUCAGCAUUGGUGCCAUCAAGUCUGAUUUCAACACCACCGGCUUCUCCUAUCGCAUUGGGCAGCUGAACACGAUUGACUUCCACAGCACAUUCGUCCGCGUCAGAUAUUCAGAAUAUCCGGACAUCAAUAUGAAAGGGGUUCUGCGCAAAGUGAUCCAAAAGAUGGGUGCUGUCAAUGCUAGACCUGCUCACUAUGUCUCGAACCAAGUGCCAGAGGUUGAGCAAGCCUCAAGCACGCAAGCCAUCACCCACGCCUGGUUGUGGCCCACGGUUGGCCAGUGGAUGAAGGAAAACGACAUUGUUAUUACCGAAACUGGCACUGCAAACUUCGGAAUCUGGGAUACUCGGUUCCCCCCGAAAGUCACGGCUAUCAGUCAAGUCCUUUGGGGUAGCAUCGGCUACUCCGUCGGAGCUUGCCAGGGCGCUGCAUUGGCUGCCAAGGAGCAGGGUAAUCGCCGGACGCUGCUGUUCGUUGGUGAUGGAAGCUUCCAGCUUACUGUACAGGAAGUCAGCACAAUGAUCAGGAAUAACCUCAAUCCAAUCAUUUUUGUGAUUUGCAACAACGGCUAUACGAUUGAACGGUUUAUCCAUGGAUGGGAUGAAGGCUACAACGAUAUCCAGACCUGGGAUGUUAAAGGAAUUCCUGUUGCAUUCGGCGGAAAGGACAAGUACAAGGGCUACAAAGUCACAACCAGGGAUGAACUUACAGAACUGUUUGCCAAUGAGGAGUUCUCCUCGGCUCCAUUCUUGCAGUUGGUUGAGCUCCAUAUGCCCUUGGACGAUGCUCCUGCGGCUUUGAAAAUCACGGCUGAAGCGGCGGCCUCCAGGAACGACAAGAAGUAGGGUGCACGUAGCAUUCUGCAGGGCAAGGGGGGUAGAUCGCCUAAUUGAUGCACGACAACUCGAAUUAUCUAUUCUUUUACCCUAGAGAACUUAAAUAAUAAUGACCACUCAAUUGAUCACUUC